CGUAUAUAAACCUAAAGAGGUGUUGAUAGCCACUUAUGCUGAUCUCAGCUAAACAAUCCCACAUCGUUGAAUAUUAUCUACAUCUACAGUUUCAGUUUUAUUUAGGGUUGGCCUCUGGUCUGUUUUGUGUUUGUGUGUAGUAAUGUGCCAUUUUUUGUUAUUAGUAAGCAAAACUGCAUAAGGCAAGAACGCUAAAUCGAUAGACAUAAUAUAAAGUGAGUUUCGAGGAAUUAGUUAUCUAUUGGUUUCUCAAAAGUGUGCGAAACAUUUGAAAAUAAAUCAUAAGGGCUUGUUAUUUGUUAUCACAGCUGUAUGUAAACUACUUUCGUGUGUGAAGUUUAUGUAAUAUAAUCGAAAAACGAUGGAGACAGUAACUGAGACUGGUUCAGAAGUUUUAAUAGACGUUCAAGAUCACAAGCAAAAUCCAAUCGAAGAUGGAUUUAAUUUUAACAACGGAUACAUCAGAGCCAACUUUUAUCUGAAAGUAUUUUGGAUCAUUGGUGCCCAAUUUACUGCAACUUCUAUCUUAACAUAUUAUUUUUUAUUCGACGAUAAUGUAAAAAUUUUUAUCAAGAAAAACUUCGGGGUCUUAAUUGUAGCUGGAGUACUACUAUUUAUGGUGUUAUUAAUCGUAGGUUUUUGUGGGGAAUUAAGAAGAGAGUUUCCUGUAAAUUAUGCAAUACUUAUAUCGUUUACACUGUCAAAAGCUUUUUUGAUUGCAUGUUUAUCGACUGCUUUCGACACUCUCAUUUUAUUGGUUACUUGUGUAAUGAUUUGUAUCACUUGUUUUGGCCUUGGACUUUUUGCAAAUUUAAAUUUUAUAAAGUUUAACGUUUGGAAAGGCCUUCUCUUUUCAUUUAUUUUGCAUUUUGUUGUUCUUGUUACAAUCUUAGCAACUGCUGCAUUUCAUCUGGAAAUAACUGUAAGUACUUCGGUCUCUUUUUGUGUGACCGGGUAUUAUAUAUACGACAUACAACUAAUGGCUAAAAAAAAGCAUGUCUAUGAUCUGCAGCCAUAUGAGUGCAUUUUUGCAGCUGUGUCGGUUUUUAUCGAUUUUCCACAAGUAAUCUAUGAAGUGUGUUUGUGUAAGGCAGUAAGUGGUGAUAUUUUUCGUAGCAUGUAAGGUUUUUACGUUCAUCUCACGGACGAAAAAACAGACACCCUACAAUUUAUGAUAAAAUUAUCAAUUUUUAAUUUGUUUAUCGUAACUUUUGUCAAUGAUACUACUUGAUAAAGUAGACGCGGAAUUCGGUAAGAAUGCGCAAAAAGUUGCGGUAACAAUGUUUGGUAUAAAUGUUUAACAAAUUCGAGUAGUCACUUUAAAGAUAAGUAUUUACCGGUAUUUUGAAUAUCGCAUGCCUCUCCCAACUAAUCCUAUCAACAUACUUCCAAAGUUUAUCCUCUAUCCUGAGCUACAUACUUCCAAUUUGAUCCGGAUAUUGUUUUUAUGUCAUCUACCCAUCUCAUCUGUGGUCUUCCUUCGUAAGGUCUCAAAUAUUAUAUUGUGUCAUUCCAACGUUGGUCUUUUUGUCUAGCGGUAUAUCCUAGACUUUUGUUUUUGAUCUUACCCAGUCGUUCCUCUUUUUAUCUGGAUAGUCGUAUACCUAGCAUGCUCUUUCUAUUGUGGCUAGUUUAUUCAUAUUGGCCUUGAAGGUCCAUGUUUGACAUCCAUAUGUCAUGAUGGGAAGGAUUCACUGGUUGAACACUUUGCGCCUCUCAAGUAUUGAGGUAUUUUGCGUUUCUUAAGUAUCCAACUAAGUGUACCAAAUCCUGCAAACAUCGCAUAAUCAUUGUAAAUUAGUCAUUUUAGAACUUACAGUAAAUACUUGCAUAUUAGUACAGUUAAAAUUAUUAGACGAUAAAUAUGAAACAAGAGAAAUUAAACUUUUUUAAAAAUAAAAAUGUAUACCAUUUUUAUUCAGUUGCAAUGCGAAGGCAAAACAAUCUUACUUUUCAAUUAGAAUACGGAGUGCAGUCCAGUCCCUUGAAUCGCGAUUUUCGGCUCUUAUUGAAGCCUUCAUCGAAAGGAACAUUCCAUGGAGAACAGUGCCUACGUUCCUUCCGAUGAAGGCUUCAAUAAGAGCCGAAAAUCGCGAUUCAAGGGACUGGACUGCACUCCGUAUUCUAAUUGAAAAGUAAGAUUGUUUUGCCUUCGCAUUGCAACUGAAUAAAAAUGGUAUACAUUUUUAUUUUAUAGUCGUAUUACUCCGUAGAGUAACUAGGUGCAUUUUUCCGUUGGAACUUUACCAGCUCCAGACGGGGGAUGUGAAUUGCAUAGUGUAGAAUUCCUUCCCUCUCGUCUUCACUGCAGCAUCCAUUUGACUUGCAAAUUGUAGAAGUCUUGGAGGUGUCACCAGGAAAGUGUACCAAUAAGUUUUCAAUUUAAAAGCCUUUUAGUAAUAUUUUUAAUAUUUUCAAUAUUAAUAAUUUACUAUUAGGAUUGAAAACUACUUCGUCUAAAUUUUUUUUAUUUACUUUUACUUUAAGCACAAAAAAGUAAGUUCAUUGACGGAAUCGAAUUCAAAAUUAUUCUGCACAUCAUAAAUAUUUGAAACAUUUAUUAAAACAUCUCAUUUUUUCUGGACUAAAUCAUCGUUUUGUUGGUCUUGGUACUUGGUCUUCACACAAUGUUGUCACACUGAAUUUUGUUAUUUUGGGUUUAAAUUUUUCUAGCCGAUUUCUGAGUCUACUAUACAAUAGAUUUUCUGAAAUAUGUUAAAUUCUAAUUUAAUGUAUUGAUCAAAAUUAGUCUCAGAGUAAAAUAGAAAGAAAUUAAAACAAAUCAAUAAACUAAGAAAUUGUUAUUCUAUAUUAAUGGGAUGUCUGUUUUUUAGUGAUAGUUAGUUGUUUAUAGUUUGUAUUAGUAUUUUUCCCCAUACCCCAUGGGUAGAAGGGAAUUAGAAUUAGUAUUUUCGUAUUGAUAUUUUUUAACCUCCAACUCAAUGAUAUUUUAGGAACUAAUUUUUGGAACACUACUUGUUUUUUUAGUAAAAAAAAAUUUAUAUUCUGUAAAAACUAUUUUCGUUAUAGAAAAUCUAAGUAAAGUAAAGCAAAAUGUAGGAACGAUAGAAGUAUUUUUUCACAAAUUUGCUCCAUCUUCAGGUAUUGCAAUUUCCUUGGCACCUGAUUUGUGCAAAAAAAUAGUAUCUCAUAUUAAAUCUUAUCUAUCUUCAUGCAUACAAUAGUAGUGCUCCUGCAUUUCUUUGCUUUGUUCCAUUCUCUGGAGAAAUUCUCCAUUAGUUACUCUGUCAGUCCUGAUAUUUUUAACGUGCGUCGGUAUCACCAAGUUUCACAGGCCGCAGACUUAUCCAUUUCAGUUUUCCUAAGGGUCCAAGGCUAUGAUCUUUAAAGGCGAGUAGAAUCUCAACAUUCUCAUUCGGACCUUUUGGUUGAGGCUGCUACAACAAAGAAAUUGUUUGAUCUCUAUAAAUGCUGCUCCUUCUAAUUUUGUAUAAACUAUAAAACGUUUUUUCAGUUUUCUCAUGACUCCUUAUUCAAAGUUAAUUGUUUUUGGAAUCUUAGAACUUAAAAGUUUUAUUUUGUUUUAUCCACAUUAUUUUUUGUUUCAUAUGAAAUAUAAUUUAGCCACUUCAAUAUUUUCAUUAGUAGGUAUGUAAAUUUUAGUGUAUGUAUAUUUUACUGUGAAUUAUUAUUGCGGACGGUGUUCUUUUUAUUAGUUCCCAAAUAUUUUGGGGUGGUACAUAGUACUUAAACAUUGUUGAUUUUAAUAAAUAUAAGUGUAUAUCUUUUUUACCAAUAUAUUUUGUAUAGAAAUAAAA